AUGACUGUAUAUAUAUAUUUUUAGUAACUGUUUCUCUCACAGUUAUUUUCCAUUUUAUUUUUCCCACAGAUGGCAAUCCUCUAAUGAAUUUAUUGUGCCUCUAUGAUCCAGCAUGGAGCUGCCAUGCACCAAAGACUUCUACUGGCAAACAUUGGCACCACUACAAAGCCCACGUGUGUACUGCUCCAUAGUAGAAACUGGGGGUAAAAUGUUUGCUGUUGGAGGCUGUGAUGAUGCAGGAAACCCAAUGAAUACUUUUGAGGUAUUUUCUCCAGAAGCCAACCGGUGGAGCAGCCUAGAACCAAUGCCAUCAUCUCGUGUUGGAGUUGCAGUGGUAGCCCUGGGCAAAAGAAUCAUGGUAGUGGGGGGAGUUGGAGAGAACCAAACCCCACUAACAUACAACAUUGACGAAGGAAAAUGGAAGAAGAAGAGUUCUUUUCGUGAACCUGCCAUGGGAAUAUCUGUCACUGUUAGAGAUUGCAGGGUGUAUGCAGCUGGUGGGAUGGGUUCAGAUCUACGACCACAUUGUUUCUUACAGCAGUAUGAUAUGCUGAAAGAUAUUUGGGUUCAUUUUACUCCAAUGCCUACACCUAGAUAUGGUGCCACCUCCUUUCUGUGUGGGACAAAGAUUUAUGUUUUGGGGGGAAGACAGGCCAAAUAUGCAGUUAAUGCCUUUGAAGUAUUUGACAUUGAGACACGCACCUGGACUAAAUUUCCAAGCAUUCCCAAUAAGAGGGCAUACUCCAGAUACCGUAUAUACCCGUCUAUAAGCAGACCCGAGUAUAAGCCGAGGUACCUAAUUUUACCUACAAAAACUGGGACUCGGCUUAUACACGAGUACAUACGGUAUGUGCUCAGUGAGGGUUCUCUGUACAGCCUUGGAGGCCUGCGCCAAGGGGGUACCUACCGCCGACCAAAAUUCACCAAGACAGUGGAUAUAUUCGAAAUGGAGCAAGGGGGCUGGAUGAAGACUGAGCGAUCUUGCUUUCUAAGAAAAAGAAGGGCUGAUUUUGUUGCAGGUUCAAUUCAUGGAAGAGUUGUUGUGGCUGGUGGCCUCGGUAACCAGCCCUCAGUCCUGGAGACAGCAGAAGUCUUUCAUCCUGUGAAGAGCCGAUGGGAGACUAUAAGUCCCAUGCCUACUCCACGUUGUGCUUGUGCUAACAUUGUCCUGAAAAACAGACUGUAUGCAAUUGGUGGGGUCAAUCAGGGUCCCAGUUCUGCUGUAGAAAUGCUAAGUUUGGUAGAGUCCUGAAACUGUUUUGGAUAUUUGUUUUCAUAUCUAAAUCUAUACUGUUAUAAACUGA